CUGGCUCGGCCUGCCCCACGGCGGAGAGCGGGAGCAGGCGCAGGUAGAGCCCGUGGCAGUCGCGACGGCGGUGGGGGUGCCGCCUGAGCCGCCGCUUCAGGACGCGGACAGCUCUGCGCCGCGGGGCCGAGCCGCACUUGGCGCUGAGGUGCGGCGGGCGGCUGGGGAACCGCCAGGGGGUGCCGGCGCGGGCGCCGGUCGAUGCCCUCCGCCUCAGGCAGGGCCAUGGCAGCGGGCGAACGGACGGAGGAGCCGCUGGCGGAGCUCAGCCACUACGUGGUGGCGCGGCCCAUCUACAGCGAGGCAGGCUUCCAGGAGGAGAACGAGCGGCGUCCGCCGCUGCCGCCCACGCUCCGCGAGCGGGCGCAGGCGGCCUUCAGAUGUUCAAGGAAAAGGGCCUUUCAGGUUGCCAAGUCUUUUCUGCCUAUCCUGGAGUGGCUGCCCAACUACCGAGUGAAAGAGUGGCUGGUCAGCGAUAUCAUCUCUGGGGUCAGCACUGGCCUUGUAGCCACCUUGCAAGGUUUGGCAUAUGCUUUGCUGGUUGCAGUUCCUGUUGGAUAUGGUCUCUAUUCUGCCUUUUUUCCCAUCCUGACAUACUUUUUCCUGGGAACAUCAAGGCACAUCUCAGUUGGACCGUUCCCUGUAGUCAGUUUGAUGGUGGGAUCUGUUGUAUUGAGCAUGGCCCCUGAUGAUAAUUUUCUGAUAGAUGGCAGUAAUGCUACAGGGACUAAUGGUACUGGGAUAAUGAUAGACACUGAAUCCAGAGAUGCACAGAGAGUGCUAAUUGCUAGUACCCUCACAUUUCUAGUUGGAAUUUUACAGGUAAUAUUUGGAGCCCUUCAGAUUGGUUUCAUUGUAAGGUACCUUGCAGAUCCACUAGUUGGGGGAUUCACAACUGCAGCUGCUUUUCAAGUGCUUGUGUCACAACUGAAAAUAGUCCUAAAUGUUUCAACUAAAAACUACAAUGGUGUCCUUUCUAUAAUAUAUACUCUUAUUGAAACAUUUGAAAGAAUUGGUACCACCAACAUUGCAGAUCUUAUUGCUGGACUCCUCACCAUUUUUGUCUGCAUGGUAGUUAAAGAAAUAAAUGAUCGAUUCAAACACAAGAUACCUAUUCCUAUACCAAUAGAAGUUAUUGUGACAAUAGUAGCCACUGGCGUUUCAUAUGCUGCUGACUUGGAAAAAAAAUACAAUGCAGGCAUUGUUAAAAGCAUUCCAAGAGGAUUUUUGCCUGCUGAACCUCCAGAUGUCAGCAUGUUUUCCCAGAUGAUAGCAGCCUCCUUUUCCAUCGCUAUAGUUGCUUAUGCUAUUGCAGUAUCUGUGGGGAAAGUAUAUGCAACCAAGUACAACUAUGCUAUUGAUGGAAACCAGGAAUUUAUUGCCUUUGGGGUCAGCAACAUUUUUUCAGGUGCCUUUUCAUGUUUUGUUGCUACUACUGCUCUUUCGAGGACUGCAGUCCAAGAAAGUACUGGUGGAAAGACUCAGGUUGCUGGUAUAAUCUCAGCUGGGAUUGUUUUGAUUUCCAUUGUUGCCCUGGGGAAAUUGCUAGAGCCCUUACAAAAGUCUGUGUUGGCAGCUGUAGUAAUAGCUAACUUGAAAGGGAUGUUCAUGCAAGUGUUUGAUGUUCCUCGUUUGUGGAGACAGAAUAAAGUAGAUGCUAUGAUCUGGGUUUUUACCUGUAUAGCAUCCAUCAUUCUGGGACUUGAUUUGGGAUUACUUGCUGGCCUUUUGUUUGGAUUGUUGACAGUCGUGCUGAGAGUUCAGUUUCCUUCAUGGGGUGGCUUUGGAAACAUUCCUGGCACAGACAUCUACAAGAAGGUCAAGGACUACAAAAAUGUUAUAGAACCAGAAGGUGUGAAGAUUCUCAAAUUUGCAAGUCCAAUUUUUUAUGCUAACAUUGAUGGACUGAAAAGCAGCCUCAAAUCCACGGUGGGAUUUGAUGCGGUCAAGGUAUAUAAUAAGAGGCUUAAAGCACUGAGGAAGAUACAAAAGCUAAUCAAGAAGGGGAAAUUAAAAGCUACUAAGAAUGGCAUCAUCAGUGAAUCUGGUAUUAGUAAUGAAGUUUUUGAGACUGAUGAGGAGCCUGAAGACAAUGACUUUCCCACCAAAGAAGUAGAGAUCCAAGUGGACUGGAAUUCAGAACUCCCUCUCAAAGUAAACAUCCCCAAGGUGCCCAUUCACAGUCUCAUUCUUGACUUUGGAGCAGUAACCUUCUUGGAUAUUGUAGCUGUGAGAUCAAUAAAAACGAUAAUUAGGGAGUUUGAGAGAAUUGAUGUGAGAGUAUACUUUGCUUCAUAUCAAGACAAUGUUAUAUCUCAACUGGAACAGAGUGCCUUCUUUGAUGAUACUGUCAGAAAAGACAUAUUCUUCUUGACUGUCCAUGAUGCUGUGCUCUACAUAAGGAAUCAAAUGGCAUACAGUGACAAUCAGGACCCCAUCUUUGAGAAGAUUUCACUCAUGCAGGAGUCUAAAGAACCCAUAGAAUUCACAGAAACAAACCAUCUUGAUGAUGAAUUUGAUGUUCAAGAAGAGGCCAUGCGCAGACUUGCUUCAUGAAGAUGGACUGCUGGUGCUGUCCCGUCUUUGAACUUGGCAAUAUUUAUGCACCAGUACUAUAUAAGCAUUUUUUGGAAUGAACCAAUCUUUGUACUUGAAGAAAACUCUGAUUGUUUGUGCGAAUGAUACAGAUCUCUAGAAAUGGAUAAAUUUUAGCUAAUGCUAUCCUGCAGAUAUUCUGGACUUAGAUUCAGCAAGCACUUUCUGAUAUGAUACACUGAUAAAAACAAUUCAGAAGAUUGUUACCAAAGAUGUAUUCAGUUUUGGGAAUAGUGAGGCAGAAGGUACAUUACACUGCUUUAUCAGUGUAUACAGGAUGAAAAGUUGCUUUGUAGUCUGCCCAGGAGAGUGAAGAGACCAAAAUCUUUGGAUGGCAAGCCUUUUUUUUUUUUUGGGUCUGUACUUGUACAGUGCCUAGUGAGUGAGCAGGAAUAGUAUCUGGCCAAGGCUUUGCAUUUCUUGUACUCUGGUGUAAAUGUACAUGCUGAAAAGUUUUGGAUAGUGUAUCCUGAUUGGUUUUUAUGGAGUGAUUCCUUAAAUUGCUGUAGGUUGUUAGAUAACUGAAAUGGGUGACAGGUGAAACAUUCACAUGAAGAGCAAACUGCACAGAACUUUAAAUACGAUGAAUUUAAGUAGGAAAGACCCUUGGAUAUAGGUUCAUUAGCUCUCUAUUAAUCCCACUGUAGCAAAUGAUGAUCUACUAUUAAUGAUCAACCCUAAAAUAACACAUAGAAGAUUAUUUUGUCUCGAGUACAUACCUUUCAUCAAGAGGCAGAACACUACAUAACUUAGGUUAACAAAAACAUUAGUCUCCAAGUACAUAAUGAAGUCUGAAGAACAGGCUGUUACUGAGUGCAAGGAAGGAAGUCAGAAUGUGACCUACUAUAGAGGUUUUGGAUGGGGUUUUUUUGUUGUUGUUGUUUUAAAUGGAAUGCAGGAGUUUAUUUAGUUUAAUUAAUAGCUAUAUUUUUAUAUAUUUUUUUCCUUUUAAUAUUCUACAAUAGACUGCUGCUGUUCUUUUCUAUUUGAGAGCCCAACAGAUAAAGGAUUUGACCUAAAGCAAAAAUUUAAUCCUUACUUUAGGACUAUAUAAAAUAGAUAGACAGGAAGUCAAUGUUCUUACCUUCCAUGAUGAGGAAAUGUGUUUUGGUGGAGAAUAGUCUUCUGCCUUAACUGUUUUAGCACUACACUUAUGUUUUUUUUAAAUGGAAAAAAAUCCUGCAUCAUGAGGGAGCAGACAGUAAAAAAAGUGGAAGAAUACUGAAGUAUAACAUCCCUAAAGGUUCACAGUAUGGGCUAAUUAGCUUCAGUAUGUUCACAUAUUUAAGGCUCAUUAUUUGAUUACAUCAGAGAAAUUUUCCCUUAUCACACUGCACAGAGUAGUGUCUUUUUUUGUAUUUGGGGGAGUUUGUGUGUGUAAAAUCUCAGGUGAAAAGCUAAGCACUAAAUAAAUUAUUCUGUUCUAAACACCUGAGCAAACUUCAUUAAAAUCGGUGGGAAAAAAAUCAUGUAACCUUCAGUCAGUUGGAGAGUAUCUUAGAUAGUAGGUAGGAGCACCAGACUGACAUCUUUUUUUCUCUGAUAAGGAAAAAACUUCAGUCCUCAUAAGUGUCAGUGAAAUUUCUGAUUUCAGAUGCAAUAUAGGCCUGAGUCUAGAUGACACUGAUGUUCCAAAUGCAAGCCAGCAAAAACAGAGGGUUGUAUUUACAAAUGGACAUGUGGCAUUUGUAUGUCAGAUUGGCACCUCCACAAGCUGAGAAUGAGGCAUGUGUUUAAGCAGCAAGUCAGGCUUAUCUGCACCCCCUCAGACAGAAGCAUUCAUUUCAAUUUACACUAAUGCUCAAGCCCAGGAUCUCUGACAAUUCAUUCUUUCAGUGCUGUCCUGAGCUCUCUCUCAUCUGCCAGCCUAAUGCAGGAAGCUGGCACCCACAUUACUGACAGAACUUUCCUAUCAGGCCAUGGCCCCAGCUUACAUUAAUGUGAAUAUAACACACUGUUGCAAGUAACUUGUUUCUCAGAAACUGUAUUGCUCUUCUAAAGUUGGAUGAACAUUUCAUGUAAAACGUAAAAUACUCUACCUAGGACUGAUAAGUGACCCUUCAGCUAAUUUUUAUGCAGAAUACAUACUAUUGAAAAGAUACCAUGAAAAAUGACAGCAGUGGAAUUAAUCUUUUCCUCAAAAGAACACCUGCACUGUGAAGUUUGGGUUUCUUACUUGACAGGAAUGUGGUCUUACAUUAUAUUUUAACCUUUUCUAGUUCUGUAGAAGAAGCAAUUAAAUAUUCAACAGGCUUCCAGUUUUCUUUCUCAAUAUGACAUUUAAUCUGUAAUUAAUUUUGAUAAAAUAUGAUGCAAUGCACUUAUUUUUGGCCUCUGUAUUUCUUCAAGACAUGGAUGUGUUUGUCCUUAAACUAGCGUAAAAUAUAUUUUCUUGAAUUAAAAAAAAAACACACACAACAAACAAAACAAAACCAAACCCACACCCAAACACACAAAGCCUACAUCUACAUAGAUCAGUAAGAGGCAACAUGCAGAAGGCAUUCACAUACCUUUCUCGGUGUGUCAGUGAGUAUGUGCUUCUUGAAUUUCUAAGGAUCUAUCACAGUAAUGGAUUUUGCAAUGAAACUAAAUUCUCUGUAAUUUUGUACUAAUUAAAACCUCCAGAAGUAAUGCAACUAGAUGUGCUCAUCUUUUUUUUCCAGUAGAAUGAAGAAGUGAUAUUUUUGUAUGUAUUUCGAAUACUUUCAUGUCUUUGCAUGUCAGGUAUUAAAUCUGGAGCUGUAUGUUAAGUUUUGUACCCUUUUAAAAAGUUGCAUGUUAAAAAUAAUUGUAUUCAUUAACUAGUAAAUAAACCUGUGCAUACUGAAGAUAUACUCCA